CGUGUAAUGCCACGCAUGUUGCAGAGCAGGCUACGCAUGUGCAGAGCAGCAAAAAGAUUAGCGCUCAAUCUCACUCAGGGCGUUUUGGUGCAUGUCUUCAAGUCUGCGGUUGUUUGCUGGAAUAUUCUGGGAAACGUUUGAAUUCAGACAGGGAUCAUCAUUUGAGUAGAACUGUUCCGUUCAAACAGUUAAGGGUCAGACCAGGGAGACGAUAUGAAAGCUUUGGUUUUGAUUGACUUCGGGGACCUUUAAGGCUUGGGAAUCGCCCGCAGUUGUGCGUAUGCAGUUUCAACAGUUGUCUGUAUAAGAGAUAAUAUUACUUUAUUUGGAGUCGAGCGCUUUUUAUUUCCAAGAAACGACAGGCUCAUUAAAGCAGGAAAAUAAAUCUGGUAGGCUAUUAUGAAAAUUAAUACAGAUGUUGCAAUUUUCCAGACACACCUCAAGUGUCCUUCUAAGACUCAAACCCAUUUGAGACUAUUUAUUGGAAAUUCAUCCAAUGCAAGCAAAACCUUUUCUUGAAAUCAAAUGUGAGUCAAAUGGCUGAAGAUAAUGAAACGUACAGUGCUUCCGAAUUCAUUAAAGACCGUCUAUACUUUGCCUCUCUGCGUGUUAGACCAAAGAAUACAGCCAACACACACUACUUCAGCAUGGAUGAGGAGCUUGUACAUGAGAGUUUCUAUGCGGACUUUGGGCCGCUGAACCUGGCUAUGUUGUACAGAUACUGCUGCAAAGUCAAUAUUAAUCUCAAGUCCUUGACACUGUCUAGAAAGAAACUGGUCCACUAUACAAGUCAUGACCAGAAGAAAAGAGCAAAUGCUGCUCUGCUCAUUGGUGCAUAUGCUGUUAUUUAUUUGAAAAGAAGCCCAGAAGAAGCCUACAGGACUCUGAUCUCAGGAAACACCACAGGCUACCUGCCGUUCAGGGAUGCAGCCGUGGGAGAGAGCGUCUUUAACCUGACUCUCAUUGAUUGCUUGCAAGGAAUAAGUAAGGCACUACAGCAUGGUUUCAUUGACUUUGCAAGUUUUGAUGUGGAGGUAUAUGAACAUUAUGAGAGAGUAGAAAAUGGAGAUAUCAACUGGAUCAUUCCAGGAAAAGUUCUGGCAUUCAGCAGUCCCCACCGUCACAGUAAGACGGAGAAAGGUUAUCCUCUUCACGCACCGGAGGCAUAUUUUGAUUACUUUCGUCAAAAUGACAUCAAAGCCAUAGUCCGUCUUAAUAGGAAAUUGUAUGACAGUAGGAAGUUUGAGGAUGCAGGUUUUGAGCACCAUGACCUCUUCUUCCACGAUGGGACUACGCCCUCUGACCUCAUCAUUAGGCGCUUCCUACACAUAUGUGAAAGUAUUGAAGGAGCUGUGGCUGUACACUGUAAAGCUGGCCUUGGCCGAACAGGCACUCUUAUUGGCUGCUACCUGAUGAAGCACUUCCGGUUCACUGCAGCUGAGGCCAUUGCAUGGGUCAGACUUUGCCGGCCUGGUUCCAUCAUUGGCCGCCAGCAAAACUUCUUAGAGGAGAAACAGCACAGUUUAUGGGUCCAAGGUGACGUCCACCGCUCCAAACAGAAGCUCAUUCAGCAAAGACUGAGUCGGCGGCAGCAGCUACAACGACAUCGUCAGCAGCAGCUUCACAGCUCUGACUCUGAGCAAGGAAAACAAGAAGCCAUGUCCCACCUACUGUCCAGCAUGGAUGCCCUAUCAGUCAACCCCAGCCUUCACAAGUCAUACAGCUUAGAUGAGAGUAACUUCCAAGAAGGUAGCCUCACUCAGGGAGAAAAACUGACAGAACUGAAGGGAAAACGACCAGCCAGAUCAACCUCUUCCUCCUCAAGGUACAUGUUUUUUUAUAAUUUGGCUUCAGGAUAUUACAGUUAUAAUUUAGGUAAGGUAUGUAGUUUCUUUGGCGAAGGUAAUUUGGCCAUUUUGACAAAUGAACAUGUUCCCUUUCUUUCAGAGUUAAAUGAAAAGAUCUUCAGAUAUGAAAUGUAGUAAUAAGAAAAUUUGUGCUGGGCAACGAUUUACAGUUAUAGAAUAACAAGUAAACCUCAAAUUCCAGAAACACGAUCCUAACAUUGUAAUAGGUAAGUGAACAUUUAGCUAAUUUAGCUGUUCUGUGUAUGUGUGCGUGUGGUUUGAGCGCUAUUCCAAUCAGCUGGCAUCUGGGCUCCUCACCUGUUCAUCAUUAGACCCUCAUCAUCGCCAGUUGAAAUACCUCAGCCUCCUGUUCUAUCAUCGCCAGAUUGUUUCUUCAGCUCAGUGGUAGCUAUAUUGGCUCUUUUGAGUGUAAAACUCCUUUAAUAAGUAACUUCUGUACCGUUAAAUCUAUUGUGUGUUUUUCCCCAGCUCAGUGUUAUGUCCGAACUACAUUGCCGCCCAGCCAGUGCUACUUCCACUGCCUCGCCACUCCACCUGUAUUCUCCACUGGCUCUACAGACUAACCAGAUAAUUUUUUUUGCCAUCUUGCUCUCUGCGUUUGGGUCCAGUACAAACAGAUCGUAAAAUGUAGAAGCCAGGAGAGACAUUGAGUUAGGGCUGAGCUGAUCAGUGUUGCCAAUUUAGUAACUUUGUUGCUAGAUUGAGCAAUUUUCCAGACUCCACAAUUUUUUUUUUCAAACAGGACCAAAUUUAGCAAUUUAAAUUAAAACAAAUAUGUUUGGCACUUUUGUCAACAAUGUUUAACUUAUCGAAAUAUUUUCAAUAAAUUUACCUGAAUUAAUUUUGUCUGAGUCUUAAUUGGGGAUCAAUACAAAACUAAACCAUGCUCUCUAACCCUUUAAUAUUGCCUACAACUUAAAUAUAUGUGCUGAACCUCUUCCACACAUCCUCAACAGAAGCCUGUCUGCUGUGUUUAUUUUUUUAUUUACAUUUUUUAAUUUACAAAACUAAAAAAAUCCAAAUUCACUCUUCUAUCCAGUAUCCUGCUGCAAUGGCCAGGUUGUAAUAACAAGUAAAAAUACAUUGUAACUUUUUGUAGCGCUAACACCACUUUGGCUACAGAACUAACUUCAAAAUUCUAUUGAUUGUGCUUGAAUCAUUAAACAGUUUUGGGCCAUAUUGGGUAAAUUAUUUCAUCAGAUCUUCUGAUCCUGCACAAUUUUCCUCUGUGUCUCAAUUACUAGCUGUGCCCACAAAUUAUAAUUAAAUUGGUGCUCAAAUGUACAACGCAUUGUCAGAAGACAAUGCUGGCUAGUAAAUUGAGCUAACUACUUUACUACUUUAUAAUUGCUUGUAAUUAUUUUUUGUCUAAAUCAAAUGUAUUUGUUGGUCUAUUGUU